UCGUGCCUGUCUUCUCCCCCCACUGGCCCGCCCCCUCCAUCCGUCGUCUCCUCCCACCCAAUCAGGUCUGUCCGUCCCCCUGGACCCCGCCCCCUCUCGGCCCCGCCCCUCCAGCCCCGCCCCCCGUCCAAUGCUGAGCUCAGUCUGCGUCUCCUCGUUCCGCGGGCGCCAGGGGGCCAGCAAACAGCAGCCGGCGCCUCCGCCGCAGCCGCCCGAGUCCCCGCUGCCGCCGCCACCGCCGUUCCCGCCGCCGUCGCCGCCGCAGCAGGAGUCGCAACCGCAGUCGCCGGAGCAGCCCGGCCCCGCCGCGUCCCCGGCGGGCCCCCCGGCACCCCGCGGGCCCGGGGGCCGGCGCGCCGAGCCAUGCCCCGGGCUGCCGGCGGCGGCCAUGGGGCGGCACGGCGGCGGCGGCGGCGACAGCGGCAAGAUCGUGAUCAACGUGGGCGGCGUGCGCCAUGAGACGUACCGGUCGACGCUGCGCACCCUGCCGGGGACGCGGCUGGCCGGCCUGACCGAGCCCGAGGCGGCGGCGCGCUUCGACUACGACCCCGGCGCCGACGAGUUCUUCUUCGACCGGCACCCGGGCGUCUUCGCCUACGUGCUCAACUACUACCGCACGGGCAAGCUGCACUGCCCGGCCGACGUGUGCGGGCCGCUCUUCGAGGAGGAGCUGGGCUUCUGGGGCAUCGACGAGACCGACGUGGAGGCCUGCUGCUGGAUGACCUACCGGCAGCACCGCGACGCCGAGGAGGCGCUCGACUCCUUCGAGGCGCCGGACUCCUCGGGCUCCGCCAACGCCGGGGGCGCGGCGGGCGCGGGCGACGCGGGCUUGGACGACGAGGCGGGCGCGGGCGGCGGCGGCCUGGACGGCGCGGGCGGCGAGCUCAAGCGCCUCUGCUUCCAGGACGCGGGCGGCGGCGCCGGGGGCCCGCCGGGGGGCGCGGGCGGCGCGGGCGGCACGUGGUGGCGCCGCUGGCAGCCCCGCGUGUGGGCGCUCUUCGAGGACCCCUACUCGUCGCGGGCGGCCAGGUAUGUGGCCUUCGCCUCGCUGUUCUUCAUCCUCAUCUCCAUCACCACCUUCUGCCUGGAGACCCAUGAGGGUUUCAUCCACAUUAGCAACAAGACAGUGACACAGGCCUCGCCGAUCCCUGGGGCUCCACCUGAGAACAUCACCAACGUGGAGGUGGAGACGGAGCCCUUCCUCACCUAUGUGGAGGGCGUGUGUGUGGUGUGGUUCACCUUCGAGUUCCUCAUGCGGAUCACCUUCUGCCCCGACAAGGUGGAGUUUCUCAAGAGCAGCCUCAACAUCAUCGACUGCGUGGCCAUCCUCCCCUUCUACCUGGAGGUCGGCCUGUCCGGCCUCAGCUCCAAGGCCGCCAAGGACGUGCUGGGCUUCCUGCGCGUCGUCCGCUUCGUGCGCAUCCUGCGCAUCUUCAAGCUCACACGGCACUUUGUGGGGCUGCGGGUACUGGGCCACACGCUUCGUGCCAGCACCAACGAGUUUUUGCUUCUCAUCAUCUUCCUGGCCCUGGGCGUCCUCAUCUUCGCCACCAUGAUCUACUACGCCGAGCGCAUUGGUGCCGACCCUGAUGACAUCCUGGGGUCGAAUCACACCUAUUUCAAGAACAUCCCCAUUGGCUUCUGGUGGGCCGUGGUCACCAUGACGACGCUCGGCUACGGGGACAUGUACCCCAAGACAUGGUCAGGGAUGCUGGUCGGGGCACUGUGCGCCCUGGCGGGGGUGCUGACCAUUGCCAUGCCGGUGCCUGUCAUCGUCAACAACUUUGGCAUGUACUACUCGCUGGCCAUGGCCAAGCAGAAGCUGCCCAAGAAAAAGAACAAACACAUCCCGCGCCCACCGCAGCCGGGCUCGCCCAAUUACUGCAAGCCUGACCCGCCGCCGCCACCGCCACCUCCUCCACACCAUGGCAGCAGUGGUGGCCUCAGCCCCCCGCCCCCCAUCACUCCACCCUCCAUGGGGGUCCCCGUGGCUGGGGCCUACCCUCCGGGGCCUCAUACACACCCGGGGUUACUCAGGGGAGGUGCGGGGGGACUGGGCAUCAUGGGGCUACCUCCGCUGCCGGCUCCUGGUGAACCCUGUCCCCUGGCUCAGGAGGAAGUGAUUGAAAUCAACAGGGCAGUAGACCCUCGCCCCAAUGGGGACCCCGCGGCAGCCGCGCUGGCCCAUGAGGACUGCCCAGCCAUCGACCAGCCCGCCAUGUCCCCCGAGGACAAGAGCCCCAUCACACCUGGAAGCCGGGGCCGCUACAGCAGAGACCGGGCCUGCUUCCUCCUCACCGACUACGCCCCGUCGCCUGAUGGCUCCAUCCGGAAAGCUCUUGUCACCGCCUGAGACCUCGCGAGACCCUCGGGUCCCCCCUGUCCCUUCCCCCCAGGUUAGCAAUUGGGAAUGGCUGGGAGGGGGUAUCACAGGACCCCGGGCUUCCACACCCCAGGCCAUGUCCUGAAGCCAGCACCCCACUUCCAGGCAGCCCCCUUACCUCUGCCCAGAUCCCCCCCACACACACUCACACACUGGCGGAACCCAAGAGGUGACACCCACUGAGCCUGGGCCUUGGCUACCCCAAGCUGUCCUGCCGUCCUUCCGGUCAUGCGCAGA